GAACUUGGCGUAUAACUGUUAAAACGGGUUGUCAUAGGACACCAGUUGCCUGCUUCAUGACGUCACAGUGUCUGCGUUUCAUAACAACCCGAGGCAGAGAGUACGUUUGCUGUCUCUACUGCACAGCGGCUACUGCUAACACGGUUAAUCGAAUAUGGACAUAGACGCGUGGUACAUAAACAGUUCUGAUGAAGACCAGAGAAAACCACACCGACUGGAACCGAACAAACCAGUCUCUUUGGACGAACUGGAGAAGCUGGGGGUGUUCUACAGGAAGCUGGAUGCAGAUAUCUAUGAAUCAGACCCAGAGCUGGAGAAGAUCUGCAAAGACCAGGGCUACACAUAUAUGGACAUCAUCACUAUUAACAAGGACGCGCUACCAAAUUAUGAAGAGAAGCUGAAGAUGUUCUUUGAGGAACACCUGCACAUGGACGAUGAAAUCCGUUACAUCCUGGACGGACGAGCUUACUUUGACGUCAGGGACAAGGAGGACAGAUGGAUACGAAUUGCAAUGAGCAAAGGAGACUUGAUCACAUUACCAUCUGGAAUUUACCACCGCUUCACCCUGGAUGAGACCAACUACACCAAAGCCAUGAGGCUGUUUGUUGGGGAGCCAGUGUGGAAGGCAUACAACCGUCCAGCAGAUGACCUGGAGAUCCGGAAGAAGUAUCUGGAUUCUCUGCAUUGACUCCAGAGAUAGAGGGGCACCUCGCCAUCAACUCAGAGGUUUAAUUAAUUAUUUUUCCUCAGACUCUUAGGAAACUAAGAUCUGAGGAUACAGGAGGACCGCGUUGACCACUGUGAUAAUGUCUGUAGUUUUACUUGAAAGAAAAGAGUGGGAACCCUAAUUAUAUUGCUCCACGUUGACGUCUCUGACCUUAUGUUGACCUCAUGGUUGCACUAGAAUCUAGCAAGAAACAACAAUUCCAGCCUGUUAAUAACUACUCAGAGAUCCCUUUUCCUACUGCUUAGCUAAGCUAUUAUAUUCCUCCACACGAUUGUGAAAUUUCACAAAUGGUUACAUUACAUUGUUCGUCCAGCAGGGGAGAGUUCGACAGAAUCUGUGGUUGGUUGAAGUCAGCAUGGUCCGUUGUACAGCCAGUAGGCUAAUUUUCAUAACCAUAUCACGUGAUGUUCUUUAAGGUAAAAUGAUUUUGUUAUUCAAACACAGAACAUGAAUUGUACUGGUACCUAAUGUCAGCUGUUCGUUAGAUAGAAAAUAAAGGAAGUCUCUUUGGAUGUCGUUUUAUCUACUGAGCCGCGACCUUAAAAUUUGUAUUCUUUAAAAUAAACUUUUACAAAUCUGCUGCA